GGCAGGAGCGCUCCGGUCACGUGAUAGGGCCCGGAAGCAGCUGUCCGGUUGCCCGGUGAGGAUGAUGAGGGGUCGGCGCUGAGGCUGGGAGGUGGGGUCAGUCCGACGCCGGCAGGAGUCCAGGCUGGACACGUAAUCCAGCGCUACCAUGUCCACACAGCGACUGCGGAAUGAAGACUACCAUGACUACAGCUCCACGGACGUGAGCCCCGAGGAGAGCCCGUCGGAUGGCCUGAGCAACUUCUCCUCUGGCUCCUACCAGCGCUUCGGGGAAGGAAACAGCACAACAUGGUUCCAGACCUUGAUCCACCUGUUAAAAGGCAACAUUGGCACAGGACUCCUGGGGCUGCCUUUGGCAGUGAGAAAUGCUGGCCUCUUGAUGGGUCCCCUCAGUCUGCUGGUGAUUGGCAUUGUGGCUGUGCAUUGCAUGGGGAUCCUGGUGAAGUGUGCCCACCACUUCUGCCGCAGAAUGAACAAGCCCUUCGUGGAUUAUGGGGAUACUGUGAUGUACGGACUAGAAUCCAGCCCCAGCUCCUGGCUCCGGAACCAUGCACACUGGGGAAGGCACGUUGUGGACUUCUUCCUGAUUGUCACGCAGCUGGGCUUCUGCUGUGUCUAUUUUGUGUUUCUGGCCGACAACUUUAAACAGGUGAUAGAAGCGGCCAACGGGACCACCAACGACUGCCACAAUAAUGAGACAGUGGUCCUGACGCCCACCAUGGACUCGAGGCUCUACAUGCUCUCCUUCCUGCCCUUCCUGGUGCUGCUGGUUUUCAUCCGGAACCUCCGCAUCCUGUCCAUCUUCUCCCUGCUGGCCAACCUUUCCAUGUUAGUCAGCCUGAUCAUGAUCUACCAGUUCAUUGUUCAGGCGAUCCCAAACCCCAGCAACCUCCCUUUGGUGGCACCCUGGAAGACCUACCCCCUGUUCUUUGGCACAGCUAUCUUUGCGUUUGAAGGCAUCGGGAUGGUUCUGCCCCUUGAAAACAAAAUGAAGGAUCCCCGGAAAUUUCCAGUCAUCCUGUACACGGGGAUGGCCAUCGUCACCACCCUCUACAUCAGCCUAGGGUGCCUGGGCUACCUGCAGUUUGGAGCUAAAAUCCAAGGCAGCAUAACCCUCAACCUGCCCAACUGCUGGUUGUACCAGUCGGUUAAACUGCUCUACUCCAUCGGGAUCUUCUUCACCUACGCGAUCCAGUUCUAUGUCCCAGCUGAGAUCGUCAUCCCCUUCUUCGUGUCACAAGUGCCCGAGCACUGUGAGUUGGUGGUGGACCUGUUUGUACGCACAGUGAUGGUCUGUCUGACAUGCGUCCUGGCCAUCCUCAUCCCCCGCCUGGACCUGGUCAUCUCCCUGGUGGGUUCUGUGAGCAGCAGCGCCCUGGCCCUCAUCAUCCCGCCCCUCCUGGAAAUCACCACCUUUUACUCUGAGGGCCUGAGCCCCCUCACCAUCGCCAAGGACGCGCUGAUCAGCAUCCUGGGCUUCAUGGGCUUUGUGGUAGGGACCUAUGAGGCCCUCUACGAGCUGAUCCAGCCGAGCAACAUUCCCAUCAUCGUCAACGCCACCAGUGCCUUUGCAUAGUGAACCGGGUGCAUUCUCCAUACCUGCUCCCCCCCCCACUGCUGUGUGUCCCCCAGCACCCGUCGCUGAUCCUUAGGGAUGGGCCAGGCUCUGUGGGGGAAGGGCAGGAUUGCUUACUGGGCACCACUCUGCCUGGUACCUGGGUACCCUAGGCCAGGUAAGACUGAAGGCAGGGGCAAGGUGGGUAGGCAGACACGUGGGAGGUACCACUAGUAGCAGUGCUGCCACUGUUCAUUUGUACUUGUUUUAACUCAAAA